GCUCCAGCGAGGAGGAGGUGUGGCUUGAAGAGCGGAGGCGGGGCCGCUCGGAGGCGUCGUGCAGGGAGGGGGGGGUCCCUUCCCGGUUUCCGUAGCUGCUUCCGGCCAGCGCGGCUUCCGCUUGUGCUAUGGCGAGUGCGGCGAAGCGGGCCAAGAUGGCGUCCGGAGAAGGAGCCAUGGCCGCCUUCCUGGCCUGGGCCGAGCGGGAGGGCAUCUGGAUCAGCCCCAAGGUUUGUGUGAGCAGAGAAGGCACCGUGGCGGAUUAUGGCCUGUUGGCGCGAGAGGACCUUGAGGCCGACGAAGUCCUUUUCACUGUCCCACGGACAGUCCUCCUCUCUCAACACACAAGCCCCUUGGCCCCCCUCCUGCAGAAAGAACACGCCUCCCUAAACAGCCCCUCCGGCUGGGUCCCGCUCCUGCUCUCCCUGCUGCACGAAUCCACCGCCCCCCAUUCCCGCUGGGCACCUUACCUGUCCCUCUGGCCCGGCUUCAGCAGCCUGGACCUCCCCAUGUUCUGGAGCCGGGAGGAGCAGAAGCAGCUGCUGCAAGGGACGGGGGUCCCGGAGGCGGUGGAGAAAGACCUGGCCAGCAUCCAGGAGGAGUUCUCCUCGGUGGUCCUGCCCUUCAUGAAGGCUCACCCAGAUCUCUUCAACCCCAAAGUGCACAACCUGGAGCUCUACAAACGGCUGGUAGCCUUCGUCAUGGCCUACAGUUUCCAGGAGCUUUUGGAUGAGGAAGAGGAAGAGGAAGGCAAGCCCAGCCCUCUCGUGAUGGUGCCCCUGGCAGACCUCCUCAACCACGUGGCCAACCACAACGCCAACCUGGAAUUCUCCCCGGAGCAUCUGCAGAUGGUGGCCACCCGGACCAUCCCGAAAGGCCAGGAGGUCUUCAACACCUACGGAAAGCUGUCCAACUGGCAGCUCCUCCACAUGUACGGCUUUGCCGAGCCGUAUCCGGGCAACACGAAUGACGCGGCCGACAUCCCGAUGCUGACGCUCCUCCAAGCCGCGCUGGAAGGUGCAAAGACGGAAGAAGAGCGGAAGCUGACCUUGGAGCAGUGGGCCUACCUCUGCGGCUUGGAGAUGGUGGGCGAGGAAGGGGCCUUUGUGAUUGGCUGGGAGGGCGUCCUGACCGAGGAAGAGCUCUACGUCUCCCUGAAGGUGGGUGCUGACCAUGUCUGCGGAGGAGUUCAGGGCGCUGAAGGAGUCGGGGGCGGAGCCCUGCGAGGGGGCGGGGGCCUCGCUGCUCCCCAAGGCGGCCCUCCCGGCCCUGGCGCCCCCCUGGAAGCGGCUCCUCUCCAAUGCUGCCCUCCUGACCCUGGAGGCCUACGGUUCAGACCUGAAGGCGGAGGAGGAGGUGCUGCAGCAGGCCCAGGCCUAUGCCCAGCUCAGCCCCUGGGAGCGCCACGCCCUCCAGGUGCGCUACGGGAAGAAGAAGAUCCUGCACCAGCUGCUGCAGCUGCUGAGCGGGUGACACAGAAUAACACCAUGGCUGCCGCCCCGCCAUUUAUCCCUGUGGGUGCUCGUUUGUUCUGCAGGUGCGCCUUGGGGUGCUUCCGGGUCAAGGGACCCUUCCCGGCUGCGCUGCAGCUGCUGCCUACCACUCUUAAGGUAUUUCCAAUGGAAAUUCUCCAGACACACUUUUUCUGUGAAAUAUUUUGCUUUGAGGUUGAGCAAAAUGCUUGUUAAAGCAAGCGUGUACAGGCAAUUCUCCUUCAUGGAGUCUGUGAAAUAUGCACAUAUGGGGGUUUUCUGCGCAUGCGCAGCUUUUUGGAACCUAGAGUUCUUAAAAGGAAACAUUUUGGCAGAAGCCCUUCCCACGCUCCCCAUGUACUAUAUAUGUGGGGUGGGGGGGGUAAGCCUUAGGUUUUUUUUCUGCCACGACAGCAACAUCUGGGAACCACCUCUAGUGCAGUAGAGUCUCACUUAUCCAAUAUAAAUACUAAUAUAAAAACUAUUAUAAAUUAAGUGGUAUUUAACACAAGUAAAAAUAGCUAAUACAGUAGUCUCACUUAUCCAAGCUAAACGGGCUGGCAGAAGCUUGGAUAAGCAAAUAUCUUGGAUAAAAAGGAGGGAUUAAGGAAAAGCCUAUUAAACAUCAAAUUAGGUUAUGAUUUUACAAAUUAAGCACCAAAACAUCAUGUUAUACAACAAAUUUGACAGAAAAAGUAGUUCAAUACGCAGUAAUGUUAUGUUGUAAUUACUGUAUUUAUGAAUUUAGCACCAAAAUAUCACGAUAUAUUGAAACAUUGACUACAAAAAUGGCUUGGAUUAUCCAGAGGCUUGGAUAAGCGAGGCUUGGAUAAGUGAGACUCUACUGUAUGUGGGGUGGGGUGGUGGUGGUGGUGGGGGGGUAAGCCUUAGUGUUUUUUUUCUGCCACGACAGCAGCAUCUGGGAACCACCUCUAGUAGCUUAUUUUCAUUUCUUUUUUAAAAUAUUUUUUAUUCAGUUUUCCUAAGUGUGAAACAUACGGUAGUUAAAAAGGAAACAACUUUAAGGUAGGGUAGAGUCCAGUGUGGAAAGGGGGUGUAGAGGAGAGGGAAGGGGAUGGAAUUUUUUUUGGGGGGGGGGGAAGUACCUGGAUAACGGGAUAUGGGACGGAAAGUGCAAGGCAGGGAAAAUAAGCUAAAGAAUAUAGGGUAAAAGUCUAUUUUGGUCUUCCGUUCUUUAAAGAAUAAAAACGUGAAGAGUCAA